CUCCCUCCCCUUCCGACACCGCCACAAAUAUCCUUCCCAUCUACUUCAUAUAACUCUCCUGUCUCUGUUUCCUGAUUUGAUUAUCAACCAUGGCUGACAAGUCUUUUCGCGCCAGAGGCUGCUGUUGCUGCCUUUUCAGCUUCCUCUGGAAGUUGCUCGUCGCCAUCAUUGUCAUCGUUGGUUUGGCCGUUCUCAUCUUCUGGCUCAUCGUCCAGCCUCGCUCCUUCAAGUUCUACGCCUCCGAAGCCCAGCUCACCCAAUUCGACUACGCCAACAACACUCUCCGGUACAACCUUGUGCUCAACUUCACCGCCCGUAACCCUAACAAAAAGCUCGGCAUCUACUACGACGACGUUGAAGGCACGGCGUUGUACCAGGAUGAAAGGUUUUCCAAUACCGACGUCAUCACCUUCCGGAACUCUUUCCGCCAGGACAAGAAGAGGACGGAUCCCAUGAGCGGCGUCUUCUCCGGCCAGCAGCUGCUGCCGCUGGAUGAACUUCAAGUGUCUCGGUAUAACGAAGACAAGUUGGCCGGGGCGUACGACAUUGAUGUGAAGCUCAAGUUCGAGAUUAGAUUCAGGCUUGGGGAUUUCAUUACCGGCAGCUACCGUCCAAAGGUCAAGUGUGGACUUAAGAUUCCCUUGAGCGGUAACGGAACAGCGGCAGCCACUGGGUUUCGGUUUCAGCCCACUAAAUGCAGAGUCGACUUUUGAUGCCUCGGAUCGCGGUUUCCAUCCCCUUUCUCUGCUUUGCAUCGUUUCUGUGGUUUCAAUUUAUUCGUUCUUUCACAUCAUCCUUGUAUAAUUGUUUCAUUCUUUCAACGUGCAUGGAAUGCGCGCCAUAUAUAUGUACCUGUUAAUUCAUCAGUAUGCUGAUAAAUGAUUCUUAUGCUUUAUAUAUAUAAUUAAUUUUAUUUGGCUA